AGGUGAGAGACUGUCUGUCUGUCUUUAAUGAAUUAGCUAACAGAUAAAAACAAACCCGUGUAUGCCAUGUGUAUUUAAGUGAUAUUCAUACAUACAUCUGUUUGUUAAUUAGCGCUGUUGUGAAGGUUUAUUCAAGUUAUGCAAAGUCACCGUAGCCGCGUCCGAAAUCGCAUACUUCCAUACUAUAUAGUAGGCGAAAAACAGUAUGCGAAGCAAGUAGUAUGUCCGAAUUCUCAGUAUUCGAAAAACAGUAGGCGAGAUGUACCCGGAUGGCAUACUACUUCCGGCCGAAUUCCGUAGUAUGCAUAGGAUGGACACUUCUCUAUCCCAUGAGGCACCGGGAGAGGGCUCGUCAUACUCAUAUUCGAAAAUAACGGAAAAUCGGAGGAUCGUGACGCCGCUGUUUUGAAGUGUAAUCUGCUCUUAAAGAGCUGCACACGGUCGUCUGCUGUGACACAGCUGUGGUCCGUUUGUCCCGCACAUGCUCUUCUGUGCUGACUUCUGUGUUUUGGGGUUCCAGUGUAUCAUCGUCAUGAUCUUCCACAACUUCUGGAUCAGCAAUGUCCUCAUUCAGAAGACGGAGGUUGUGGAGCACUGCACAGCAUGCAACAACAUCUGCACAAAAGCAGAACUCACUUCCAGGGCCUUGAAGAAGAAGAUGGAGCACAGCUGGUCUUCAUCAUCUGAAGGCUCUCUCAACAAGUUCUGUGCACGAGCAUCAUUGGUGUUGAAUCAAAGCUGUGCAGGAUUGUGUUCAGGCUCUCUGUCUGCUGUGAUGAGGCAGAUGAACACUCACACAAGGAUACCCACCAUCUCCCAGGAUGUGUUUUCCUGCAGGUGGAUAGGCCUCCAGUGUUCUUCAGCACCCUGGCAUCAUACACAGACCCGGGAUACUCAACAAAGAUAUCAAGGUACUUACCAUGGUGGUGACCUGGAGCUGAACAGAAUGAAACCGCUUCCUGUUGAAAUAACAUUGGGCUUCACUUGCUGGAGGUUCAGUUUGUAUGUGACAGCCAUCUAUUGUUCCAGCUACCAGAAGAAAAGCUGUGGUGGAGAAGGCAAUCAGCCUCCUCAAAAUCCCCAUGACAGACCUGACCUGCUCAUUCUGUGCACAAUGUUAUGCAGCUCUUGGAUGUCAAAGGCCAGUGACAGAAGCCUGUAUGAUGCUGUUCACAGUCUGUAAAUAUGUAGUUUUUGUUUUUUAGAAUAAAAUUUCAAUAGGUUACACAUUUUUUUGCUG